UCUAAAAAAACGAAUAUAUAACAUUUCUACGAGUAUACAUUUCUGUAGAUUAUAUUAUAGCAUUUUUAUAUCUUUCCAUAUCCUUAGUAUCCUUAAAUAUCCAAACUUGGUAGAGUGUUUAAGAGUUUACGAGGAGUCUGAAAUUUAGUUGUAACUACAAACAAAUAAGUUCCUCGCCCCUCGCUCUCGUUACCGGAGCUUCCAACAUAGAAAGGGGAUCCCAUGAGUUCCUCGAGGGUCGCCGAAAACCGUGUCGGCUUACUCUCGCUUCGCACUUACUGCAACUAGGAGGAAGGGCGGAGAGGGGUUUGAGCCCUCGUUGCUAAUAUAUAUAGGACUCAACUGUAAGAUAUUUGUAUCAUAUCUAAAGAGAUUUCUCGCUUAAUCGGUGAAAAAAAGAUAAAAGAAAAGAAAUUUCUUUCAAAUAUAGAAAUGUGAAUCUGGAUGUAAGUUGGGGAGUGUCCUUACAACCUCUGUUGUGGUCCUGCUCUGCUGAAUCUCGAUCAGAAAGCUGAUUAUGCUGGGCAGAUCGAUCUGGAAUGAUAAAAAAAAAAAAGGAAUAAAAACAGAGGCCAGAAACCAAGAACGAUCCUGGCAUUACACCGCAACAGUGGCACUUGUGUUGCCUGACACAACCGGUGAAAACCACCUCACUCCCUCACGGCGUCACCACGCGCGCGUGUCACUGUCAGACAACAGACCAUGUCCAGCUCACUCGAGAGAGCUCAGCUCAGCUCAGCUGGGAUCACCGUCUCCAUCUUUAUAAGCCAGCAACGCCGCACAGACACACACUGGUCUCCCACGCACGCAAGCAGCUGCCAGCACCAACCAUCCUCAAAGCGGCAGCUCGACCGGCAGCCAUGGCGCGCGCCUUCGUGCGCUCCAUCUCCUUCCCUCUCAGCCCCUCGAGGUCUCCCAAGUCGCGUGCGCCAUCGUCGUCGUACCACGGGCGGUCUGUGAGCUUGCCGUGCCGCUCGCACCCGAUCUUGGCGCACCUCCACACCCACAUCCGCUCCGUGCGCGCCUGGGCGCAGCAGGGCCCGUCGGCGUUAGCCUCCUCCGUGGCCACGGGACUGGCGCACGUCGACGCACUCCACGCGGCGCUUGGUGACCUGCUGGACCUGCCCGAGGCCCAGGCAGCGCUCUCCGGCGCCGGAGGCAGCGUGGACCGCCUCCUGGACUCCUUCCUCCGCCUGGCCGACGCGCACGGCUACUUCCAGGAGGCCGUGGUGUCGCUCAAGCAGGACGUCGCCGAGGCGCUGGCUUCCGUGCGCCGUUGCGACGGGGCACGCCUUGCUUCUGCAGUGCGGUCGCAGCGCGGGGCCGGGAAGGAGCUCGCGCGCCUCGCCGCGGCGGCCAGCGAGUGCGCCGUCAGGCCCUCGCGCCUGAGUAUGCUCGGCGGCAGCCAAGGCAGCGCGGCUGAGGUUGAGGUGACCGGGCUGCUGAUGGAGUCGGCCGCGGCCACGGCUUCGGCUUCGGCCGCGCUGUUCGGGGCUGUGGCGGCCAUGUUGGGGUCCGUGGCGGCGGAGUCGUGCUCGUGCAAAGGCACCACGGCCCUGGUGUGUCUGGUGAGGCAGAACAAGAAAAAGGCGCCGAUGCCGAGGUCGGGGGAAGAGGACAGGGUGACGGCGGCCAUGGCGGAGAGGCUGGAGGAGCUGGAGGUGUUCAUCGACGAGCUCGAAGCCGGGAGCGAGAAGGUGUUCCGUAGCCUCGUGCAGACCAGGGUCGCGCUCCUCAACAUCCACACACUGCACAUCUUCUAACUUUACUACUACCAACCAUCUUAGCUGUACUAGUGAAAUUAGUGGCAGCAAUCCAGUGUAACUGUAAAUAAGUAGUAGAUGAUGAAUAGAAGAAGGAAUAUGUAGUAGGGGAAGUGCAUGGAUGAACCGGGUACAUGUGAACUCACUUUGAAAAA